CCCGGAAGUGGCCGGACCCAAAGCACCGGCGGAGAACCCGUCCGUCGGCUCCUCGGUCCGCCGGUCCGCCAGCAGGGUAGUCCGCGCGAGUCGACUCUCGUCGCGGUCCUGCGCUCUUUGGCCCGAACGGCGGCCGAGGUGCUCGCCAUGGCGACGUUCAUCUCGGUACAGUUGAAAAAGACCUCGGAGGUGGACCUGGCCAAGCCGCUGGUGAAGUUCAUCCAGCAGACGUACCCGAGCGGAGGGGAGGAGCAGGCCCAGUACUGCCGCGCGGCGGAGGAGCUCAGCAAGCUGCGCCGCGCCGCCCUCGGCCGCCCGCUGGACAAGCACGAGGGCGCUCUCGAGACGCUUCUGAGGUAUUAUGAUCAGAUUUGUUCCAUUGAACCCAAAUUCCCAUUCUCUGAAAAUCAAAUCUGCUUGACAUUUACGUGGAAGGAUGCUUUUGAUAAAGGUUCGCUUUUUGGAGGAUCUGUAAAAUUGGCUCUUGCAAGCUUAGGAUAUGAAAAGAGCUGUGUGUUGUUCAACUGUGCAGCCCUAGCUAGCCAAAUUGCAGCGGAACAGAACCUGGAUAAUGAUGAAGGAUUGAAAAUGGCUGCUAAGCAUUAUCAGUUUGCUAGUGGUGCCUUUUUACAUAUUAAAGAGACAGUUUUAUCUGCCUUAAAUCGAGAGCCUACUGUGGACAUAUCUCCAGAUACUGUUGGGACCCUCAGUCUUAUUAUGUUGGCACAGGCCCAAGAAGUAUUUUUUUUAAAAGCCACAAGAGAUAAAAUGAAAGAUGCCAUCAUAGCUAAAUUGGCUAAUCAGGCUGCAGAUUACUUUGGUGAUGCUUUUAAACAGUGUCAGUACAAAGAUACUCUCCCCAAGUAUUUUUAUUUCCAGGAGGUGUUCCCUGUCUUGGCUGCAAAGCACUGUAUCAUGCAGGCCAACGCUGAGUACCACCAGUCUAUCCUGGCAAAGCAACAGAAGAAAUUUGGAGAAGAGAUCGCAAGGUUACAGCAUGCAGCAGAAUUGAUUAAGACAGUGGCAUCUCGCUAUGAUGAAUAUGUUAAUGUGAAAGAUUUUUCUGACAAAAUCAGCCGUGCCCUUUCUGCAGCAAAGAAGGAUAAUGACUUCAUUUAUCAUGAUCGAGUUCCAGACCUUAAAGAUCUAGACCCUAUUGGCAAAGCCACACUUGUGAAAUCUACCCCAGUCAGUGUACCCAUCAGCCAGAAAUUCACUGAUUUGUUUGAGACUAUGGUUCCUGUGUCAGUACAGCAGUCACUGGCUGCCUAUAAUCAGAGGAAAGCUGACUUGGUUAACAGAUCAAUUGCUCAAAUGAGAGAAGCCACGACUUUGGCAAAUGGGGUGUUAGCUUCCCUUAAUCUUCCAGCAGCAAUUGAAGAUGUAUCUGGAGAUACUGUACCUCAGUCUAUAUUGACUAAGUCCACGUCUGUGAUUGAACAGGGAGGCAUCCAGACUGUUGAUCAGCUGAUUAAAGAGCUUCCUGAACUACUACAAAGAAAUAGAGAAAUCCUAGAUGAGUCAUUAAGAUUGUUAGAUGAAGAAGAAGCAACUGACAGUGAUUUAAGAGCAAAAUUCAAGGAACGCUGGCAAAGGACACCAUCUAAUGAACUCUAUAAGCCUUUAAGAGCAGAGGGAACCAACUUCAGAGCCGUUUUGGAUAAAGCUGUGCAAGCAGAUGGGCAAGUGAAAGAACGUUAUCAAUCUCACCGUGACACCAUUGCACUUCUGUGUAAGCCAGAGCCUGAACUGAAUGCUGCCAUCCCUUCUGCUAACCCAGCGAAGACUAUGCAGGGCAGUGAGGUUGUAAAUGUAUUAAAAUCCUUAUUGACAAAUCUUGAUGAAGUAAAGAAGGAAAGAGAGGGGCUGGAGAAUGACCUGAAAUCAGUGAACUUCGAUAUGACAAGCAAAUUUUUGACUGCUUUGGCUCAAGAUGGUGUCAUAAAUGAAGAAGCUCUUUCUGUCACUGAACUGGAUCGAAUCUAUGGAGGUCUUACGGCUAAAGUCCAAGAAUCUCUAAAGAAACAGGAAGAACUUCUUAAAAAUAUUCAGGUCUCACACCAGGAGUUUUCAAAAAUGAAGCAAUCUAAUAAUGAAGCUAACUUAAGAGAAGAAGUUUUGAAGAAUUUAGCUACUGCAUAUGACAACUUUGUUGAACUUGUAGCCAAUUUGAAGGAGGGCACGAAGUUUUACAAUGAACUGACUGAAAUCUUGGUCAGAUUCCAGAAUAAAUGCAGUGAUAUAGUGUUUGCGCGGAAGACAGAACGAGAUGAACUCUUAAAGGACUUGCAACAAAGCAUUGCCAGGGAACCUAGUGCUCCGUCAAUUCCUACACCUGCGUAUCAGUCUUCCCCAGCUGGGGGACAUGCGCCAGCUCCUCCAACGCCAGCACCAAGAACCAUGCCGCCUGCUAAGCCCCAACCCCCAGCCCGGCCUCCACCUCCUGUGCUUCCGGCAAAUCGAGCUCCUCCUGCCACUGCUCCAGCUCCAGUGGGGACAGGGACCGCCCCGCCAGCUCCGUCACACACUCCUGGUUCAGCAGCUCCCCCUCCACAGGCCCAGGGACCCCCAUAUCCUACCUAUCCAGGAUAUCCCGGGUAUUGCCAAAUGCCCAUGCCCAUGGGCUACAAUCCUUAUGCAUACGGCCAGUAUAAUAUGCCAUAUCCGCCAGUGUAUCACCAGAGCCCUGGACAGGCUCCAUACCCAGGACCCCAGCAGCCUUCAUACCCCUUCCCUCAGCCCCCACAGCAGUCUUACUAUCCACAGCAGUAAUAUGUCAGCUCAGAAGCUCAGCUGGUUCAGUUCAAAGGGAAAGAAGUACCAACCCUGCAAUAAGUGUACUAAACUCUAUGUUCUGGUUAAUAUAAUGUACUCUGUUAUACUGAACACAGUGUAUAAUUUCUGUCUGUGGCUGAAAGCUAAAAACUGUGCCCCAGUUCCACAUUUGAUUGCACACUGAGAGAUGCUGCUGUUGCAGUAUAAACACUAUAAUAGGUAUAAUAGGAUUUGAAAUGAAUUACAUUUCAGUGCAUAAAAGUUGAAAAUGAGAAAUUAAACCCACAAGUGAAACGUUUGAAAUUAUUAUACUUAUGUCUACGUAAGACGUGGUUGGGACAUCAGAUACUUACAAUGAUGGUUUAAGUACUGAUAUUCAAGAAAACUAAGUUUUCUUUCUCUUUUGGUUUAUCAGUUUGGUUUAAUUUCCAUUAUACAAUUUUGCAUAAUCAAAGCGUUGUAAAUCUUAUAAUUUAAAAAUAAAUUACUUAAGAACAGUUGUCAUUGUUAUGUUUUGUCAUUGAUUCUCAUUACUGUCUAAUUUCUUUCUGGUAUUAGUCUCAUUUUAUAUGUACAUAAGUUAAACAGAUAACUGUGUUUAAGUGCAUGAUUAGUGCAAGUUAAUAUUUCAGUUUUAUAGGAAAACCAAAAGAAUGGUACCAUAAUUUAUCUUUCAUUGCUGAUUAGUAAAUUAAUUUUGACAUUUAUUUUGAAAAGUCCUAUAAUGUGGAAGAAACACAAUUGCUACCAAAGAUUAUUCAAAUAAAUAUACAAAUAAAUAUGUAUAUUUAAAGUUUUAUUAUCCUCUCCAGGAAAUUGAAACAAAUUCUGAUAAUUUUUUCCCUUUUUUUCAUAACCUAUUUAAAAUAUAUACAUAUCAUUGACAGUACUGUCUAAUGUAAUGGAAUUGUUUAAAGAAAAUUUGCUGUACCCUUCUAUUCCUUUUUUCCACCUUACUCUCUUAACCUAGGAACAUUUAAUGCACAAUGUAUCUGAGUCAAUCUAAACCCUUUCAUUUUAUGCUCCUAAAAUAUUAGACUAUUUUAUAAUUCAGGGAGCGUACAAAACAAUUGUUGGGAGCAUAUGCCAAUUCUGGAAUAGGCUGUAUAUUUAAUAUUAAGCUCUGUUGUUAGGAUAAUUAAUCACUGUAUAAACCUCAGUAAAAAUAGUGAGACAUGCAUCAUGGAGUGAGUAAAAGAGAAAGGUAUGAGUUGUCUAAUAGUGGGAUUUGUUUUUGUGAGGUUCAUUUCUGAACACAUCAGGCAUAUGAGCAGAUUUCCAGUGAAUCUGUUUAUGUUUAUUUUCUAAGUUUUGAUGCUCACCUUUUCUUGCAUUAUUGUUACAUUUAAAUAAUACUGUCAUUUGGUCCACUGUUCUUUUCAUUGACAUUUUGGUUUUAUAUUUUAAAUGUUGGACUGGAGGUGUGAUUGUAAAAGGGAGUGCAUUGGUUAAAAAUUAUAUGUACAUUUAAAAAAUCUUACUUUGCUGUUGUAUGUAGAAAACAUGAAGGCAUGUUACAAAUGACCUUUCCAUGGAAUAUUGAAAUUGGUUUAAAGUCCAAUAGUUAAAACCUUGGCAAAAGUAGUUUUUUACAUAUCAUAGCUAAAUUUUAUUAAUGUGGAAUCAUCAAACUAUGACAUAGGCUUUUUUGACACUUAUGUAAAAGGCAUUAAAGUUCUACAUUCUUAUUAUUCUUAUUAUUCAUGGUAUCCUAUACUAACAGGAGAUACUCAGAAUUAGGGGUAUUCCAAAUUGCUAGUUUAUUCUUACUAAUGCAGAAAAAACCAAAAAACAAAUUGGCCUGAAUAUUCUCUUGGGGAAAGAAGGCACUAAGAAGAGUAAGAGCAUCAGAGGGGCAAAAGAGGUUAUAAGGCCACUUAGCCCAUUCUAUGUGCUAAACUAGGCCUGCUCCUAGAGAUCCAUGGGAAAAUUAUUCAGAAACUGUUAGAAAGGAGGCUCCAAAGCCCCAAGUGGCAGCCUCUUCCAUCAUCCUGACUCGCUCAAAGACUUUUUUACACAGUAAUGCAGACCCACUCUCUGGUCAGCUCACUCAUCUUUAGGUAACUGUGGAUGCGUUGUUUUGGUCACCUUUGUCUGGGUACAGAUGAUCAGAUUUCUGCAGCCCGUCCUUGCUGGGGCUGUCCUCAUAGCGUUUCUAGUUUCAUUAGGGUAGCUCAUGGUAAGAAGUUUCUGUUAGUCUGUUUUGCAUUCUAACAAACAAGGAAGCCCCCACUGGGAUUAUGUUUGUUAUCAAACUUUUUUGUCCUUUGUUUAACUUCUUAUAUUCCACAGAAUACCCUAAAAAGGUGUUAUGGACAAUGGUAUUUAUCUCGAGGUAGGAAGGUGUCAACUCUGGUUUAGGUAUUUUGUUACCUAUGUUUAUAAUUAGACUUUUUGAUAAUUUUCCUAAACUAAAGAAACCAUUCCCAGACCUUAAUUUAAGUUUGGGUUUGGAAUACUGUUUUUAAAAGGACUGCAGGUAAUGAAGCUCUGCAUGGAGGAGCUAGUCAGAAGUAGGGGAAAAGCCUCACUUCUCCUAUUUCUUAUUCCUAGUUGGAGACAAAUAGCUUGACUUCUCAGUUUGGUGUAAAGUAUUGGUUUGCUCCCAUGUCCUUUGAUUUUUAUUCUCAGUUGAGAAGAACAGUUAUAUGUCACUGCAAACCAGUCAGUCUUUAUGAGACAUUCUUGUACCCAUAACCCUGGUUUCUUUGCAGUUUAUAAUCCCUCCUUCCACAAAUGUAAGUAGUUAACAGAAAAAAAGAACAAGAUUUCACAGAACCUUCUGUCCCUGACACUCUAUCCCAGUCAGCAGCCUUUCUAGUUAAAACAGAUUUUAAAAAUGUUUCCAUUAGAGCUUUACAAAGUUUGCAAAAGUGCUUUAUACACAUUUUCUAAUUUCAUAAACAUGAUAAAAUGUAGUUUGUUCAGUAGGUUGCAGUUUGCUAAUGGGGAUUUUUUUUUUCUUUUAAUGAUUGGUAUAUCUUGAAGAAUCUUGCUACAACCUAGUGGCAUCUCUCUCAUUCUCUCUUUGUAAACACUUCUGCAAUUAUUAGUUGAUUCACACUUCAGAACAGGAUGCAAAGUAGGGAAAAACUGCUAUAGUGUUAAAAUUACUAGUAUAAAAAUAGAUUGUAGAACUAAAUGGCUGAUUAUAAGAUUUACCUGGAAGAGCUAAGAGGGAAAAAUUAUAUUUUUAAAGAAAAAGAGAAUAUUCAGGCUUUAUUUCUGGUAUGAAGUUUAUAUUUUUUAAAAAAAAUCCUAUAUUAUCACACCAGAGAUUUUAGAUUCUUUUCUGGUUAAAAACACUGCUGGUAGUUGGAUUAUAUUUUUAUUGUAUUCAUUUCUCUUAGGGGGAAAAUUGUAAAGCAACAAAAAGGUUCCAGAUGAAUGUAUCCUAGAAAUAAAAGUUGAAAGAUUCUUA